ACAUUAAACAAUGGGUAAGUGAUAAUACACCAUUGUCUCCAUAAAAAGGGUCGCUUUUAUGCUUCACUUCUUGGAAGACUGAAUCUCAGUACUCGACUCUCCAUUCACUCUCGUCUUCACUGUGAUGGAAUGGGAUCUUCCAACUUCAUGAUUCAGCUUCACAAUCACAGUUAAUUUCUGGAAAAAUGGGUAGACGGAGAACUUUAGACGAAGUAAAAGGCCAAGCCUUUGAGCCUCCUUCUUCACCACCACCAUCGUACUAUCUUUCUCAGCCGCGUCUCCCAUCUUCUUCACCGCCCAAUUUCGGAUCUCAUGAUGGUUUCUUCAAUUUAAACGACAAGGUGAGUCCGAGUAUGCUGCUUGUCAUCAUAAUUCUGGCAAUUGUUUUCUUCAUUUCUGGGUUGAUUCACCUGCUCGUUAGAUUCCUGUGGAGACCUCAACCCAGAGACCCAGAGGAUUCGGACAAUGUGUCUGCUCUUCAAGGUCAAUUGCUGCAACUGUUUCACCUUCAUGAUGCUGGCGUUGACCAGUCCUUCAUUGAUAACACCCUCCCUGUGUUCCAUUACAAAGCCAUCAUAGGAUUGAAGGACCCAUUUGAUUGUGCUGUGUGCUUGUGUGAAUUUGAAGCUGAUGAUAAGCUCAGAUUGUUACCCAAAUGUAGCCACGCCUUUCACAUGGAGUGCAUAGAUACUUGGCUCUUGUCUCACUCAACUUGUCCUCUCUGCAGAGCUAGCUUGAUUUCUGAUUUCUCCCCCACCAAUACAUGUUCCUCUCCUUUUGUCUUCGUUCUAGAAUCUGGGAGUGAGAGUUCCAGAGAGAUUGUUCCAGAAAGAGAGAGUACAGUUGGUAGGACCAGUUCUGUGGUUGAAGACAACGAACUUGGGUUGACCCAUAUAGAUUUGUCACACAAAUCUGUUGAUUUAAGUUCAGAUGCUAAUCCUUGCCAGACUAAAGCUGGGGAAUCACAUGAGAAAGUGGUCAAUGUGAAGCUGGGAAAGUUCAGGAAUGUGGACUGUGUUGGUGAAGGAAGCAGUACAGACAUGGGAGAAGCUAGAAGGUGUGUUUCUAUGGGGUCAUUUGCUUAUGUCAUGGACGAGAAUUCUUCACUUCAGGUACCAGUAAGAGCGACUUUGAAGAAGCAGUCAAGUAAGAAACCUGCUUUACCAUUAACACCAGGACGCAGGAUCGCCAUGUCAGAGUGUGACUGUGAGUCCACGAGAGAUUUCAGGUUCACAGGUUUUGACGCAGCCAAAGGUAUUGAGAGUUCUGCUGAGACUGGAAGUAUCGAGAGAAGCAGAAAAGAGAGCUUUUCGGUUUCAAAGAUUUGGCUUCGAGGAAAGAGAGAGAAGCCACAUGAUGCUGUGGCUGAUUCGUCAAGGAGGGCUGUUUCGUUUCGAUUCUCAGCACAAAGUAACGAGGUUGCGAGGGAUGAUUCGAAGGAAAGGAAUGGGAAAUCUGAGAUUGAGAUUGCGAUGGAAAAUGAUGAGGAAAAUCAGAGCUGUUACAGUGUGGAUUCUCAGGGCAGAGCACCCUCAUUUGCCAGAAGAACUCUGCUGUGGCUUACUGGAAAACAGAACAAGGUUGUUCAUUCAUCUUCUGAUUCAAACUUCUAGUUUCUGUCAUUCAUUGUUUUGGUAAAUCUAUGAUUCUUUAAUCUAUAUGUGUUGGUUCAAGUAGAAUUGUCGAAUAUGCAAUAUAUGUUUCCACACAAAUCUAUGAUUCUGGAAUCUGAAUAGUGAAUACCCCAUAUCUUCUGCAUUUGGUUUUCA